AUGAUUUUUUUGAAGAAUUUUAGUCAAAUAGGUUACCUCUCUCUUUUAGGGUCUAUUCAUGCUUUAUUAAGCUGGAAAGAACUAGAGAAUAGCUUAACCAGUAAGAAUUAUGAUUUAGCGCCUUGGACAUAUACAGGUGAAGUAACCCGAAUCACAACACAUCUUAUAUUUACCCAUGUUCAGUCGCCAGCAUUUUCAGAACUUGGAUUUUCUUUUCAUCUGAUUCAAGAAUGGAAGGACGUCCGACUGAAAUACAACCACAGCUAUGUCCACUUCGCUGGAAAAUACGUGCUUUUAAAUGUGAAUAAAUUUGAUUUGAUAUGGACACCUGAUAGCUACAUUACAAACGCCAUAUCUGAAAUGCAACACGGCGUCAUAAACCCGAAUGUAUUCAUACGCAUCUACCCUAAUGGAACCCUUGUAAAAAGUACUAGAUUAACAGUAAGAACACCAUGUCCCCUGACGCCAGUUGGUUUUCCACGUGGUUCUCAGACGUGUACAAUGGGGUUUGAAAGUUAUUCCUUUACAACUUCAGAAGUGAGCAUGAUUUGGAGAAAUUAUAAUCCUUUUGAAUUUCGUGACGAUUUUUCUACCAGUGGUUUGGCUCUGAACAGUGUUAAAAGGAAGAAUUGCCUUCAAGAAUCAAGAGAAUAUCCAUGCUUAAAACUUCAAAUCGAAAUAGUAAGGGACUUUAGCCAGUUGAUUUUACGCAUCUACGUCCCAAGCGUGUUUGUGGUGAUUCUUGGUUGGAUAAGCAUGUGGAUUGACAAAGGCCAAGUAGCCGCGCGCACCAGCCUGGGCGUAUUAUGUGUACUUUCCAUAGUAACACAACUAGUGGGCGUGGUUUCAAUCGAUAGUGAAUUGGAAGGUGUAAUUGCAGUGGAUAUUUGGAUGGCAGUCUGCAUGUUCUUUACAAUCAAGUCACUUUUUGUUUUUAUAUUAGUUCACAACAUGAAACGUAGGAAAGAUAAAAUGAAAGAAAGAUACAAGGAUAAUUCCGAGACAACUGAUGUGAGGUUUGAAUCUGCUUGGUGUGAUAUCCGGUACGGAACAUUGCAGAAUGUGUUUAGAGUUGUCUACCCUGUUUUAUUCAUAGCAUUCAAUAUUGUGUACUGGACAUUUUUCCUAUCUGUAUACUAAAACGUCAGUUUGAUUUAGAAAGAUAUCCUUCUUCAGUUGAAUCAAAAAAUGUUAGUUAUAAUUAAAUAUAUUUACAUAACUUAACAUACAUGUACAUUUCUUUCAACUGGCUUUGUUAAAAAG